AUGGAAAAAUAUAGCGGGUUUCGGGACGCUGGUACUGGCGUUCAGGUGAACAUGGAAAAAUAUCUUGAUACCCAGUCUCACGAGCUUCAGCCGUUUUUACCACUGGUCCCCCCAGCUUCGAAUAUCCUCACCAAAAUUCUCACCCCGAUUGGAUACUGCGUCGGGGCUGUCCGUCUCGUCUUGCUGCUGGCAAUCCUGUUGGUGCGCCUCGCAGGGAGCGUUAUUCUCAUCAUCUUUUCUGCUAUUCCUCCACUCCACCGAAUCCUCAAUCACACCUUGACUGCGUUCACUGCCCGGCUGGCGUUGUUCAUUCUCGGCCUCUUCUGGAUCACAGUCGACAACGUCACUCGCAAACGCGGCCGUUCCGCAAAAGAUGUCGAGAGCUGGAGCCCACGUGGAGGAGAUCUUAUUGUAUCAAACUGGGUUUCCUGGGUCGAAGUCCUAUGGCUUGCCUUCCGGUUCGAUCCCAUAUUUGUCUUGCCGGUCUCGCAGACGGACCCAUUAUCCACUGGGACUGUACGGGGCUCAGAUCCCGUAACCCACACGCCUGGCCGUCGGACAGGCACUGGCUCAGCCAACAUAUCAGCGCCACAGCGUGCUGCCACUCAACGCAUUUCUAUCCUGGGCUUCCGCCAAGUCUCAUUGCUGUCGAUGAUUUCCGCGACCGGUCACGCUCCAUCUUCGACCGGACCGUACGAGAGUCUAGAUGAGAUUCGGGGUCGAUCUGCCCGCCCUGUCGUUGUGUUCCCCGAAUGCACCACUAGCAACGGCCGUGGUCUCCUCCGAUUCGCACAGGUUUUUCGGAAAGAGAUCCCGGUGAAAGGGUACAGCGUUUUCGUCAUGUGUGUCAGAUACGAUCCUCCCACCCAGCACGCGGCGACACUCGCUCACACCAUUCCCGGUGCCGGCAAUCCACUUGGACACCUCUUUUCUACCGCAGCUUCUCUCGCACCGCAAAGCGUUUCUGUUCGACUCCUCGCUCCAUCAGAAUCUCCUGGCUCGCAGCUGUUCCUUGCCAGCGAAGUUCUGGGCAACUACAGCGAGGGAGAUCAGCUCUCCGAAGCAUGUGCCGUCCUCAUCGCCCAGAUGGGCAAGAUGAAACGAACGGGCCUGGGCUGGGAGGACAAGGUUCGAUUCCUCGACCUGUUCCGCGCGAAAGAGAGGAGGCAGUGAUGUUCAUUCGAAGGUAUGCAUGAGUUUCCAGAGUGAUAUGCAGUGAUUGAGCAAUUUAUCGAUAAGCGAAUGUCAGUAUGAAUUCGAGGAAUGACACCCCGGCUGCUGCAGGUUUCGGUCGUAAAAUUCACGGAUGUAUGCUUUGUAAUUGGGUUGCAGGACCUGAUCGUGACUGCCCGUCCCAUUUUCCCCGCCCUGGUGAUGUCCCCGAGGCGUGUGGGAAUACAAUGCGUCCCCGAGACUCUUCAGUGGUGUGUAUGGGGUCUCCGCGCGCUCGAAGAGACCCUGAUCCGAGACAUGAGAGUGUCCCCCGACGAGUGAGUACCGGGAUGCGGAAGUAGGGAAUCCACGCGUCCGACCUUCUCCGGGAGACCGCAAGAAAAGAGUCGAAGGGGGGUGGGCAUGUGCGUGUGCGCGCCAGCGUGGAGGAGACCGCGAGCGCGAGCGCCGCGAAUGUUCACUGCUCAUAAUUUGAGUAUGUUGCGUGGCGCCAUUAGACUGCGACAAGGGCGCGCAUACGACCACCGGGGACCCUCCAAGGUCUCGCCCAUUCAGAGUGCGGAUCGCUUCCUCGGCAUCCUCCCGCAGCAAGUAUUCAAUAAAGCCCCGUCUGUUGCCUCCUGGACGCGUAUUGGAUUCCGUGAGCUGGAUGAGAUCGCAAAAUGCUACGAUGCCGCCCGCACUUCGC